AUGGCUUCCCUGUCAGAACUAAAAGACGAAUACAUGGCAAACCUCCCCCUUAUGGACGGGAAGGAGCCGCGACUAGCUGUCUUCAAUUUUGCCCCACGAUAUGACUUCUCCAAGCAGGACCUCUCCGCGGGAUGCAACACCUGCCAGAACCUGUCACUCGACAAUCUUCCACCGAGCGGAAAAGUGAUCCAGGUUCAGUUCUGUGAUGUAAAACGCAUGGCAUUAUCGGGGUGCGCUGUGUGCGCCAUGAUAGAAACGGCUUGCCGGCAUUUCGACGUCGUGCCCAGCCUUGUUGGCUACCAGGUAGAAAUGAGGAGUCAACAGCAAGACUACGGCCUGGAAGUUACCUUUGGCGACGACUACGAUACCAGAUACAUUUACAUUGAUGAGAACAAUAUCCGGGCGUUUAUACACAUUCGACCUGCUGACACGACUCGCCACAUAGACUAUCAGGUGCUGGUAAUGCUUCAGGGUGUUCGGGGACAAACGUCACAUCCUAUUGAACUGUACAGAUUGUCUCAGCCUACCUCCUCAUGUAAGAGUUCAAGCUUAUCACUCAAGAUGCAGUCCACUUCGGAAGUGCUCUGGCCGGCAAUUGGAACACCUCGUGACGUCCCCCGAUCGUCAAACUCCUCAGAGUGCUUGCAAACAGCUCAAGGAUGGCUAGCGGACUGCAGGGGAAAUCAUGAUGGUUGCAAAAGAAGUAAACCUUCUCAGCUACCUACCAGAGUCUUAGACAUAUCCGACCAAACUGUCUGCCUUUUGGAGAGCGCCUUACCUGCCGAGUACGUCACCCUGUCGUAUUGCUGGGGACCAGCGGUGGCAAGUCGCUUGACAACGACGACCAAAAACAUCGACAAGCACAAGCAGGGUGUUCCGUGGGAAGCUUUCAACAAGACUCAUCAAGAUGCUAUUACAGUAGCUAGAAACCUAGGGUUCAAGUACAUCUGGAUUGAUGCACUGUGCAUCAUACAAGACAGUCCUCAAGACUGGGCAGACGAGGCAGCUCGCAUGGCCGACAUUUACAAGAAUUCAUCAUUGACAAUAUGCGCGACUUGGUCCUCGCACAGUGAUGGAGGGCUGUUCUCUGACCGGUACAUUGGCCGCCGGGACGUUGCCAACGAGAAUGCCGAUGAACUGUCGCCGCCGUACCUCGUCCAUGACGAUCCGCCAAUCCACGCGCGUCUGGUAUUUAAGCAGCAUUUUGCCAAUGCUGAAAUGAAAGAAGCCGUCGAGCUGGGUGCCAGGGCGUCUGCGGCUUCGGAUCCUCUGCUCACACGGGCAUGGUGCUUCCAGGAGCGGAUGCUGUCUCUACGAACCCUUGAUUUCACGCUUGAGGAGCUGCAGUGGGAAUGUCGAACGGCUAGAAUGUGCGAGUGCAAAGAGGGCGAUAGGCGUACUGGGAAAUCGCAGAAGAUGCAAUUUACGCGGAUGAUGGACCUACAAGUUAACGCUAGGUCUGAACUCAACCAGAAGAGCAACGAUAUUUGGCAUAAUGUUGUAUGCGCAUAUACUGGGCUGUCACUGACGUAUCCGUCUGACAGACUGCCAGCUCUUUCGGGCUUGGCACAUCGCAUCUAUGACAUCAGAGGCGAUUUGUCAAGUCAAUCUGGUUAUCUUGCUGGUAUUUGGCAACGUGACCUGAUACCUUCACUCUUAUGGCACCUCGAUCCGAGUCCUGAUUAUCAUCGUGGCAACGCGCCUGGUCUCGUCACCUCUCCACAUAAGUAUAUGGCGCCGUCUUGGUCAUGGGCAUCGCGAAGCGGACAGGUUGCCUUCACCAAGUUCCCAGUCGACCCGGACCUCAGGGUCAUCAAUGCCACAUGUACAUACGGCAUCGACAUAUGUGGACACUGUACCGCGGGAUCAUUGACACUGAGCGGUUGGGUGGCACCCGCAAAGCUUCGAUACGGAUCUGGCGUCAAGAAUGGCUACUGGAUUUCACAAAAUGGACUGUGGGCUGUAAUCCAGGCUGAUUCGGAUAUUGCCGCCCCGGGCAGCGUGGACCAUCUACUACCUAACUCCAUAGUCUAUUGCCUGAGAGUCGGGCUGGAGACGGACCGACAUUUCUCUGAAGACAAUACUACUUGGGGUCUUGUGCUUCGGUACAUCGAAGCAGCGGAUCAGUAUGCCCGUAUAGGGAUGUUCAGCAGGAGAGGUGAUGAUGGAAAGUUGAAGCUCCGUGAGAGGGUGAAGGAUGGGGGAGGCGUAGAGGAGUAUAUUGGGUCUAAUAGCUUAUUCGAGGUUUCAGAGGUAAAGACGAUCGAAAUAGUGUGA